AAGCGGGGUUUAACCUUGUUGCUACAGGUUUUGUCCCAAACCCUAUCCCUGAGCCCUGACUUGCUGGCUCUGGCUUUGAGUUAGGCCCAGGACCGUGACUUUUUCACCAUGUCAGAACCUAUCACACUCAAUGUUGGAGGAAAACUCUACACCACCUCUCUGUCCACCCUGACUAGCUUUCCAGACUCCAUGUUGGGAGCCAUGUUUAGUGGGAAGAUGCCAACCAAGAAGGACAGCCAAGGCAACUGCUUUAUCGACAGAGAUGGCAAGAUCUUCCGCUAUAUCCUGAACUUCCUAAGAACUUCCCACUUGGACCUCCCUGAAGACUUUCAGGAGAUGGGUUUACUCCGACGGGAGGUUGAUUUUUAUCAAAUUCAGCCACUGAUUGAGGCCUUGCAGGAGAAGGAGGUGGAGCUUUCUAAAGCUGAGAAGAAUGCCAUGCUCAACAUCAGCCUUGAUCAGAAGACGCAAACUGUCCACUUCACUGUUCGAGAAGCACCCCAGAUCUACAGUCUCUCUUCCUCCAAUAUGGAAGUGUUCAGUGCUCAUAUCUUCUCCACAUCAUGUCUCUUCCUGAAGCUUCUAGGUUCCAAACUUUACUACUGCUUCAAUGGAAACCUCUCUUCAAUAUCCAGCUACCUACAAGAUCCCAACCAUUUGACCCUAGAUUGGGUUGCAAGUGUGGAAGGCCUCCCAGAAGAGGAGUACACGAGACAGAACUUGAAGAGACUCUGGGUGGUGCCUGAUAACAAGCAAAUCAAUAGUUUCCAGGUGUUUGUGGAAGAAGUACUAAAAAUAGCCAUGGGCGAUGGUUUCUGCAUAGAUUCUUCUCACCCGCAUACAUCAGAUUUCAUGAAAAAUAAGAUUAUUCGCCUAAUUCGGUACAAGUAAUAACAUCUGUUUAUUAGGGUAACAGCAUGGAGAUAACUUAGGUUGUGUUUCCCUUUAAAACACAGUUACAGCCUAAUUCAGAAUCAUGCUAAUCUGGAUUAAGAGUCACUAACAGGGCGAUGAUUUUCCUUUAAUGUGUUUACCAAUAUGAUCUGUCAGAAUAUGUCCAUAUUCUAAACAGAAGGAAUACUGUCCAGUUCCUGGAUUAAGGAUUGAUCCUGUCUCUGCCUCCGCCUCUGACCUGCUGUGUAAUUGUGGGAGAAGUCACUUAACUUCCACCCUUCUUUUAUUUUCCAACUGGAAAAUGGGAACGAUCCUUAGCCUAAUGAUACAAGGGUCAUGUGGUGGUUCAGUAAUCAAGUAUCUGGAGAUCACGGGAGCAGGGAAAAACGAAAGCUAUGGAGCUACAAAACAGCGGACAGCCUGAGGAGCAGAUUUUCCACUUCUUGCUUUGUCAUCUGCCCCUGAGUGGAGUUUCAUGGAUCAGCAGAGAAGCUUCCCCACAUGCACACACUCUUAUUACAGCUGUAAAGGGUAGUGUAAACUGCAAAUGAGUAGGGGGUUGUAUCUGAAUGGUUUAAAUGAAGGAUUUGUUCUGUCAUCUGAAGCUGACCUGACUUUGCUUGUUUGCUUUCUGAACAUUGUGAGGAAGCCCCUGCUCUGUUCUGCUCUCAAGGAAGUUGCGCUUCAAGGAUGCAACUGUUCUUGUGAACAACCAACGAAGCAAAGAGAAGGAUGCUCUAACAGAUGAAGAUUGUGGGUGGAGGUGAAAUUUUACCUUGGAUGCUCACAAAACUUUACAUUCUGAAGGCAUCAAAGGCGGUUAGUCCUUUUCUUUCUCUUACAAUGAUCUACUUGUCUGGAGGAGGAUGCUGAAAAUGUUUUCUGAGGUGGAGAUGGACUCAGAGGGCAGAGGCCCCUCAUAUCUUCUGCACAUUGGAGCCUGUUCUGCCUGGACCUGGCCUUUUGGGCGUGAUUCCCUUCAGCAACGUCCAGAGUGUAGUGGAUGGUCUGUAAGUAGAAGGGGUACCAUCUGAAAAGACAACUUGUCUAUAAGGUUUUCCCUAGUAUUUUUCAUUAGAAAAGCAGAGACCAUUUUUCUCUGUACAUUAAGCCAUUUUUUUACAUCGUUGUGAAAUAGUUAGAAAAAUAAGGAUGCCUUUUACCCACUCGCUUGACUUUAGUGCAAGACUGACAGAGAGGCAAGGCAGGGGAAACAGGGGAUGACAACAGUCAAGCCUCUUCCUCCAAGCUUGGUCUGUGCUAUUACAACUGUACUCCACUAGCUGUGUGUUAGAUCUAAGCUUAAUUUCUGCCUACGUUCAAGAUGUUUCAUUCUCACUUUAAAUUUCAAAGUAUUUUAGCUGCCUUUGCUAAUCAGAUUGCUGUGUGCAUGAGAGACCCGCUGCAACUUUUCUCAUUACCCCUGUUGAGACAGACAGAAGAAAAAAAUCCAACGGUCCAGAGGGCACCCAAUGUCAUAUUUAGAAUUUCAUUGCUUCGGAAAGGUUGUUUUUGUUUGUUUUGUUCAUGUUCUUGCUUUCUGAAGUGAGUCUGCUAAGUCUGAAUGGAAUGAAGAAGUACUUUGCUGUUAUAGGCAAAAAAAGGGUGAGAUGAACAAAGUUCUGCUAUCCCAAGCUGUAAUUGCAUGAGCAACACAAACCAGCACGUGGAUGGUAAAAAUGCACAUUCUGCAGCUACUAGCAGCCUGUUACAGACCACUUCUCCUGCCUGAACUGGAGUAAAACCAGUCCACUAGUGUGCUGCAAGUGGGACCUUUUCAUUGGCAAAGACUGAGUAGGACCAAAGCGUUUGGAGUCAUUAAACCUGGCAAUUCUUUUGAAUCCUGAGGAUUUCUAGCAGGAUGUUUUGGGCACAUUCCAGCUUGAGUCACCACAUUCUUCUACUUAGCUGCAUUCAGAAGGACUUUUUUUUUCACACAUUGUCUUGAAUUAUAAAAUGGGAGUAAAUUCAUUCCCGAAGCUGCUGCGUGGCCCUGACAAAGCAAAAUGUGAAUCUUAUUUCCACCGUGAGCUUGCCAGUCUGUUGGAUAUUCAGUGAUUACCUGUACAGUUGAUAUGAUGAUGAUCUGUAAAAUGUCAUGUGUGAACGUGCUUGCAUCAAAUCUCUGCCUUGAAGCAGAUAAACCUUAGCUGCAUUCAGUGCUAACAGCCAUUGGAGAUUGAUGGCAAUAUAUUUAGUUAGUUGUUUUAACCAAAGCUCUUAAGAGUAGAUUUUACAUUAUCUGUAACAGGAGCUUUUCCUAUAUGAGGACCAAAAGAAUACUUACUUGCAGUAAUUUGGUCUCCAGUCAGCUUGAGUUCAUCCCUUUAGAGUUCCCUUUAGAGUUCUGGAUUGACACUUGCCCAUUCUGCUUCAGUAAAAUAAAACUACUAAAUAGUUGAGUUUUUACUGCAUUUCCUGGUGAAAGAUAUAUAUGACCAUAUAUAGCCCAUAUAACCAUCACUGUAUUAUGUAAAAACUGGAAGCUUUAAUCAACAUCAUACAUGAUCGUUUAACUAAUUCGGGCAAAGGUAGACUUGUUCACACAUCUCAAGGCAUUUCUUAAUAACUUCCAUGUGCAGAAAUGUAAAUUUUCCAACAAGUAUGAAAACAUGAAUGAAAACAAGCUUUGGUAGGAAUGCAUAUUAACCAAGUAUACGAAAUAAGUGAUAUAUGAAUCACUUUGAAUUAUGGUCAAACAUAUGUUACACAAAUGCAGUUGCUAUUUCCAACUACACAGUAAACUAAAUUUAAAUCUGUUUCUUAAGCUUGCACUGUCAACCAUGUUAUAAUGUGCAUUUAUAGGAAUGUUCUCACUCUCUGAAGCAUUUGUUCCUUUUUUUUUAUCUAGAUAGCUUCUAUUUCUGAGCUCUAGAGGUAUAAGUUGCUUUUUUUGUUUUCCAGUAAACAGCAUUGAUGAUUCUUGUUCUCAACAGUUUUCCUGAAUUAAAGUGAACAAGCACAAAGCCAUAUGAAGGACUAAAGGAACAGCACAACUUCCUCUCUCGUCAUGAAAAGCACUGGAAAAUUAUCACUAAUAAAAACUAAAAAAUGUUUUCGUCUAGGAGUGGAAUCCUCAGAAUAAACUUUUUAACUUUUCUAUAAGGACCUCAGCACAAGGAAAAGACCUAGUGAUUUGUUUUCAUCCUUAAGGUUUCUAGGAUUAUUUCUUCCUAUUCUUAUAGUCUUGAAGGAAGGAUUCCUGUUCCUUGCAUGGAAUUGCAAAAUCAUUUUAGAGGUUGCAGGGGGAGCUCUGUCAUGUACAUCUGCCUUGCAAAGCACUCAGUGCUGGGCUUUUUCACUCCAAGCAAUGCUGUCCUGUGCAUCACAAUCUGCCUCUAUGCCUCCUUCUGCAAAAUAAGCAUGUGCAUGAGCAAUGGGAUUUCUCAUAGCACAAGAAAAUGAUAAUAAAAUAUCCUAAUGCAGUCCAGAAGAAAUCACCCAUGGACUUCUGCAUAUAUUAUCGGUUUUAUAUCUCUUUGUUGUCUAAAAAUGUUCGAUUGUAAUGAAGAGACUGAAGCCAUAUGCAAAUACCAAGAGGUCUUUUAUUCAUAUAGCCCCUGUCAAGGGAUGUUAGGAGAAAAUGAGAGGAGUGUUUAUUGCUGCGGGUGAUGGCAGGGAAAUGAAAGGAAUAGGUUUAAAAAAAGUUAGACCUGGCAAAAUUGAAGUGUUUAUCAAGAAAUCUAGAGUUUGGAAGGGAAAGAAGAAAGAAUCUAGAAAUGUUCAUGGAAAAACAAAAACAACAGUAACAAAAAAAGCAUGAAGAUUGACAAUGUGGACAAGGUUUUGCUACAAAAAGAAGCUGUGAUUACAGUGACCCAGUGGUCCUUUUCAGUUUUAAUCCUCUUAUUAUGCAACUUGCAUGUAAACAGUUGGUCAUGCCAGAAGUUACGCUGGGCAUAACU